GCAUGGCGUGGCCCUGCAUCAGCCGGCUUUGCUGCCUGGCCCGGCGCUGGAACCAGCUGGACCGCUCGGACGUAGCGGUGCCGCUGACUCUGCACGGUUACUCGGACCCCGGGAGCGAGGAGCCGGGCGCUGACUGCAGUGUCUCCCGCGGGAGCCCGUCGGUAGCAGGCGCGCCGGAGCCCAGCCGCGCCGUGCCGCUUACCCAGUACCAGCGCGACUUCGGUGUGCGAACCGCGCGUGCGGGGAUCCGGGAUGCGGCUCAAGAGCGCGCACCGGGGCCGGGCGGCCGCAGGGGCCAGUCCUCGGCGCCCCCCACCCGGACGAUCUACGUGCUGCCGGUCGGGGACGCGGACGCAGCUGUAGUAGCGACCACGUCUUAUAGACAGGAAUUCCAAGCUUGGACUGGAGUGAAACCCUCAAGAUCCACAAAGGCAAGAAGAGCCAGAGUCAUCACAACUCACAGCUCUGGAUGGGACCCCAGCCCUGGGGCCAGCUUCCAGGUUCCAGAGGUGAGGAAAUUCACACCUAAUCCUUCAGCCAUCUUUCAGUCAUCAGCUCCUCAGACUCUCAAUGCGUGACCAGUGGAAACCAUGGUCGGGAAAGCCGAGCACAGCCAGACCUACCAGGCAGAAUCCUGGCCUGAUCCUUUGCUUACAGUACAGGAGCAGCGUGGCUGCUGGCUCUGGGCAUGGUGUGGUGUGGUGUGGAAGCCGAGGGACAGGACACCACCAGCUGCACUCAGCCUCUCCAUCUGUCCUCCAGCAGUGGCAGGGAGGGAGAUUUCUUAUCUUCUAAACUGCCACUUGACAUUCUUCAGUUCUUAAAUCUGAUGAUCAAUUCAGCUGUGCCCUGAGCUGCUCCAGACUAAGAAACGUGCACACUAUCAAGUCCUUCGUAGGUUGGUUUCACACUUUGGAUGGUUUUCCUAAGAUGCAUGUUUCUUUUUUUUUUGUUGAUGAUUUAUGGUAGUCCCAGGUAGCAUCCUCAUCUUUUUGCAGUGACCCAUGUGCUUACCAUUAAGAAAUUUAGCCCAGCAGUGGUGGCACAUGCCCUUAGUCCCAAAGGUUUAUCUCUGAGAGUCUGAGGCCAGCCUGGUCUACAGAGUGAGUGACAAGACAGCCAGAGCUACACAGAGAAACCCUGCUGCAAAACAAUUGGGGGUUGGGGGAGGGAUGAGUGGGGAAGGGAGAAAUCAACCUUGGGUCGCCAGGAAUAAUGCCUUUAAUCCCAGCACUCUAGAGGCAGAAGAUCUCUGAACUCAAUGAUUUCCUGGUCUACACAGCCAAGUUCUGGGAGAGCCAGGGCUACACACCCUACUUCAAAACAACAAAAACCUUUAGGGGGUUUGUGUGUGUGUGUGUGUAUGUUUUAAUAUAUAAUCACUUGCACACACAACUCUCAUGGUAGUGAUAUGUGUCCAGGGAGAUCAUCCAUGUCUUCAAUCUCAAACAUGUAAUUUCUUUAUAGUCAAGAUGAUCCUGUUUCAAGGAAACAAUUCCUAGGGUGAGUGGAACGUUGAAAGCAUGAAUGGCAUUCACCCCAUGUUUCUAGAGGCUGAACCCUGUUUUACUAAUUUCCAUUGUCUCCCCCCCAACACAAGGACUAGAAGGGACUACCCUGCGUACUCAUGAGGAGCUGGCAGCAUGUCUGGAGAGCACCUCCUAUAGAGCUUUAGGCUCCCCAGCUCUGGCAAGCUACUCACUACCCAGCAGAGGGGACAACUCAUCAUGUCCUUGGAAAACACAUCUCCAUAGAUUCCAGCCAGUAUGUCUGUGUGGAACAAGCCCAUUCCCCUUUGUACAACCCUUCAAACACUGGAAAGAGCCUAUGUCUGAGAGGUUUGGCAGUGUUUGGUUAAGAACUAUAAGGAUUUCCUUGUGGUUCCCUUUUCUUCCCGGGCUCUGCCUAAGGGAGCAUCUAGUCAUGGUGGUGGGGCUCAUGUUUCAAAGCCUCAGCUGAGGAAGCAGCUCAGUCCUCCCACACAGCAUCCCCUCAGAGGUGCUAGCAGGCCCAGCCUCCCUCUUACCAGCCGAGGAAAUGCUGUUGUUUCUAAAGGGAAAAUUGAAACCAUAUGCACACACCAAGGAUCCUGUUACUUUAGAUUUGUCAGUUUGCAUGCUCAGUGUUCCUAAGAGGGAAAAAGAUUGCUGGGCAGAUUAACAAUUUACUAAAAUGCAAAAAUGUGCUGCAGCAACUUGCUAUAAACACAGGCAUAUGCUUUCCCAUCCCCAUGGCCUCUCAAUAAUGACCUUAAUAUAGUGUUAACUGCACUAAUAUCUUUGAAGCUUGUGAACUCCAAACCUUUCUUGCUCAGGACUGCAGAUGCCUCCAACGUUGCAGAUAUUACCUUCUCCCCACUUCAGCUCUCUAGCAUCCUUAAGUGGGAAAAGGGGCCACCUGUGCCACUGCUACUUCCUCACUAGCACGGACAGUGGCCACUUCCACUUCUGCACUUGAAAGCAAGGCUGCUAUCCUUAUACCCUGCUGGCUUGCUAGGAACAUCCACAGGAAAGCCAGUCAAGCAUGGCUCAAUUGUCCUUUCCUGCUUAAACCUCUUGGUCCUGCUGUAGCCACUGGCAUGCACCAGCUAAAAGCCCCCAGCUGUACAUUGCUAGUGACCACACCAUAUGCUCAACAAUCCCCAACCCCUGCAUUCACUCUUGGUGUAGAAAUGCAUGACCUCAGCAGUGUACCACAUAGCUCUUCUCACCAGUCCUCAUGAGAAAUGAAAACCUGCUCUUAGGAAGUCCCUCCUCAUUGCAGAUCUGAAUAUGGCCUAAUGGGUCCAUGAGCAGCCCAAGAAGCAACCAGACCAGUGUCAGCCUUGUUCUUAGUCCUUAGUCCACCUUACACACAAUGUGCACAAAGACCAGAAAAAUACACUGGAGGAUGAGCAGGGCUCAUCUCUGAGGAGAGUGUGUAUAUGGUGGUAUGUAGGUACAUCUAUGUGUGUAUUCCUAUAUGUAUGGGGAUGUGUGUUCAUCGUGUAUGUGCAGGUACAUGUGUAGAGGUCAACUCAAAGUAUUCUUCAGGUACCCUUCACUUUUCUCACUGGCACAGAGCUCGCCAAGUAGGCUCGGCUAGCUGUAUAGCAAGCCUCAAGUGAUCUGCCCAUGUCUGCCUCUCCAGUGCUCAGAUUUUAAGUGUGCACCACCAUGCCUGCCUUUUUCAUGUGGGUUCUGGUGACUGAACUCAGGUACUGCAUGCACUUCAACUGAGCCAUCUCUCCAGCCCAAAUUUUUAAAAAUACUUUAUCAUACCUGCUAAAAUUCCUAUAAAAUUUAAUAACUUUUAUAUUCUGUAAAUUUUGAAAAAUAAAGAGCUGUUUAAUCUG